AUGAGUUUGGACGUGUAUAAUUUAACUCCUAAGGAGUUAAAACACUUGAACUCCUCACUAUCAAACUAUAAAUCAAAUUGUCUGAUGAAAUUGCAUAAUUUGCAGAGGGUGAACCAUAACUUAAUAAUAGAAAAUAAUAAACUAAGGCAAAGCAUUAAAUACGGAAUCAAAUCAGUCACACCCAACACACUAACUACAGAGUCUACCAAUUCUACUCAAUCCUCUCAGUUUACACACAAAGGUUUGGAGAUACUUGUGGAGCCGAGGUCUGACGGUGUGUUGGUGAGUUUCAGGUGUGUGUUGAGUCCUUCUGAGGUGAGUGACUACUACAGCUGUAACUUUGAACAGUUACAGUACAGAGUAAUACUCACCGAAUGGCACAACAACAUCCUUCAAAACUCAUCCACACUCACAACCAAACACAACCAACUCACACUGAAAUCACUCACAGAGGGCUGGAGGUAUAUGAUAACAGUACACUUGGAAGGAAAUAACAAGACACUAUCUACGCAAACUGAAUUCACACACCAUACCACUCGAUCAACUGAAUCUACCGUGGAAUCUGUUAACUCGGGUAAACCCGUAAAACUGUGUAAUAUAGUAGACACAGUAGGGGAAAAAUCGGGUGUGAGAGAGUACAGAUUGAAUAUUGGACUUGAUGAGGGGGAGUAUUUGACGUGUAAAUUCAGUGACGCAGAUUUGGUGGAAGAAGUGGUUGACAAUUUCAUGAAGGAAAAUAAACUUAAAUCUUUUCUCAAAGAUUCCUUAACUCAAACUAUCAACGCCUUAAAAUCAUCACAAGAUUCCAUUAAAACCCUCGAUCUCACCGAUCUCAUCUGAUUCCAACCAUUAAUAUUAUCCUCA